UUGGAGGAACCUGAUGUACUACACAGAGAACAAUCACAACAAAGUGGUUCUGCGGGAUUUCUACCUGUCCAAGUUUGAGAACGGUUCCAUCACAGAACCCUGUGGAACACCGGAGUACCUGGCUCCAGAGGUUGUGGCCAGACAUCGUUACGGUCGACCAGUGGACUGUUGGGCAGUAGGGGUCAUCAUGUACAUACUUCUGUCAGGGAAUCCUCCGUUCUACGACGAGACAGAAGAAGAGAACACAGACCUUCACAACCGGAUCAUCUUCUGUCGUAUCGUAGCCGGGGAGUUUGAGUUUGAUGCUCCUUACUGGGACUACAUCUCUGUUCCAGCUAAGGAGUUAGUGUGUAGACUGAUGGAGGUGGAUCAGAUGCUGAGAAUCACAGCUGCAGAUGCUCUCUUACAUGAGUGGAUUGCUGGUAACGGGCCUCAGAGAAGAACCUGA